AGCUGCGGUGACAUCACCAGGGAUGUGAAGGACCAGGAGCUAACUGCCGAAGAUACGAGAAGCUGUUCCGUCUGUCUGUGAUUUACAACCAAAAACAGACAUGUCUGACUUCACAGAGGACCAGAUCAUGGAGUUCAAGGAGGCCUUCCUUUUGUUUGACCGGACGGGUGAGGGGAAGAUCACAUACAGUCAGUGCGGUGAUGUUAUGCGGGCCCUUGGACAGAACCCUGUCAAUGCUGAGGUGCUCAAAGUCCUGGGAAACCCCAAAUUAGAAGAGAUGAACCAUAAGAUGCUGGAUUUUGAACAGUUCCUGCCCAUGCUUCAGGCCAUUGCUAAGAACAAGGACCAGGGCUCCUUUGAGGACAUCGUAGAGGGCUUGCGAGUCUUUGACAAGGAGGGAAAUGGCACAGUGAUGGGAGCAGAGCUACGCCAUGUCCUCACCACACUAGGUGAAAAAAUGACAGAGGAGGAGGUGGAGACUCUUUUAGCGGGACAUGAAGACGCCAAUGGCUGCAUCAACUAUGAAGAACUGGUCCGGAUGGUGAUGAGUGGUUGAGGACUUCAGAAACACACUUCCAGCUUUAAUUUUAUGCCUGAACAUUUUUGUAUUGUUUGUCUCAUCUUGCCCUCCCAUCCAUGUCAUCCUACCUCCAACAAGUCUGCGUUUUGUUAUUUAGAUGUUAUUUUCUUUCAAAAGUGCCUUUUCUGUCUAAUGUGACGAUUUUCAUUUUCCAGCAUUAUUCAGUCGGCGGUAACAUUCCCUCAGUGACUCAACCUUUACCAUCUUUGUCAAUCAAUUCCUGUCAGUCUUGUUGUCUGCAUUUUUUCUUUUUUUUGGAUGGAUAUGAUAAUGUGACGUGACAUUUAACAGUAUUGAAUAAAAUUUGUGGU